GCCGCCCCCGCCGCCCCCACCGCCCAUGGGCCGCAGCUGAUCCGCGCCCGGCUCCCGGCCGCGCCCCGGGCACCAGCGAGGCGGGCGGAGCGACCCUGCCGGCGUCCACCCCCCUUCCCCCGCCGCUCCCUCCCCGCUCCGCGGCCCCGGAGCCCUCGGCGGCCUCCGCCGAGGGUGACGGCGGUGGCGGCGGCGGACUCGGGGCGCCCUCGCCCCUGCGGGCCCGGCGGGGGGAGGAUGCCUGGGGCGGGGAUGGGUUUUCGCCCGUAGCUCCCCGCGCCCCCCCGCUUCCUUCCGCCCCCUCUCGCCUCCCAGCGGGGGCGGCGCGGCCCCGUUCCCCGCGGGGGGCUGUCGCUCGGCUCCCUCCGGCCCGGCGGUGCCCACAUGGGGGGCAAGCAGAGCACGGCGACCCGUUCGCGGGGCCCCUUCCCGGGGGUGUCGACGGAUGACAGCGCCGUGCCGCCGCCGGGAGGAGGGGGGGGGGCCCCCCCCUUCGGCCAUUACCGGGCGGGCGGCGGCGGCGGCGCGAUGGGGCUGCGCAGCCGCUCCGUCAGCUCGGUGGCCGGGAUGGGCAUGGACCCGGCGGCGGCCGGCGCCGUCCCCUUCGGGCUGUACGCGGCGGCCGCACGGGCGGCGGGGGAGGCCGAGCGGGCCCCGGGCGGCGGCGGCGGCGGUCCGGGCUCCGACUCCACGUACGCCCAUGGCAACGGUUUCCAGGAGACGGGAGGCGGUCACCAUAGAGACGGGAUGCUGUACCUGGGCGCCAGGGCCUCGCUGGCCGACGCGCUGCCCCUUCACAUCGCACCGCGGUGGUUCAGCUCGCACAGCGGUUUCAAGUGCCCCAUUUGCUCCAAGUCUGUGGCUUCUGACGAGAUGGAAAUGCACUUUAUCAUGUGUCUGAGCAAACCUCGCCUCUCCUACAACGAUGACGUGCUGACCAAGGACGCCGGCGAGUGCGUGAUCUGCCUGGAGGAGCUGCUGCAGGGGGACACGAUAGCCAGGCUGCCCUGCCUCUGCAUUUAUCACAAAAGCUGUAUAGACUCAUGGUUUGAAGUGAACAGAUCUUGCCCAGAGCAUCCUUCUGAUUGACCCGCCGAGCGUGCUUGCUGACUUCUCUCUAAGACUUAAAACAAAAAGAAACAUCCAGGAGAUGACAGUGUGAGAAAAGCGGAGCGACCUGCUCUCCCCUCCACAGCCGCUGGUCACCAGGAGAGCUCUGCCUGCCAGGGAGGCCCCGGGGACGCCCUCGGCCGAAACCCUGCCAUGAUGUUUGGCUUUUCUCCCCGAACCGAAAGGGGAAAGCUGCCGGGGGACAGCCGGCCAAACGGAGCACGCGGCAUUUCUCACCGGCAACCCCCCCACCUCCCACCCGGACUCGCCCGGGGGCUCUGCUCGGUUUUUUUGCACUGACUAAACGAGAAAUUCCUCCUCUCCCAUCUCCCUUUUGGAGAUCUCCACCCCGGGCCCCGGCAGCGUUGAGAUGGGGACUCUGCCCCACGCCGGGAGCGGGGCCACUGCUCCCCCCUGCUGAGUUGCAGGGGUACGUCUUUCAAGUGUUUACAAUGAGAAAAAAAAAAGGAAAAAAAGGAAAAAAAAAAAGAAGAAAAAAAGAGAAAAUGGACAAAAAAAAACCAAACAACAAACCACAACUGAAGCUUCGUGUUGACUGGCGUGUUCUUCAAUUUGAGCUUCCCUGCCCCGGUGAUGUUUACAGACUGGUCACUCUUUAACUCAGCUAUAACCACUCAGAGACUGGAGAGCUGCAGCAUCCCCGCCGCCCUUCCUGUGCCCCCUCGCCGGGCUCCUCUUGCCAAAACCGCCUCCCCUCUUUCUUUUCCAUCGGCUUUGAGUUGGACCCUUUUGAGGAGGGUAUGGGGAAGGCCCCAGUGGCCCCCCGGAUGCCCCCAGCCACCCCUAGUCACAGGGGUGGCUUUGCUGGAGGUGCCAAGAUGGUGUCAUUUCAUGGCAAUGACCCCCCUCGCCCAUCCCCGUCCCCUCCUGGCGCGGCGGGCGCGUUUUCGUUGGUGAGACCUCCCCUGCCGGUGGCCGUGCCCCUGCGGGAAACCUUUCUGUAUUUAUAUAUUAAAAAAAAAAAAAGGGGGAAAAAAAGAGUUCAGAGCUUGGGGGGAGCUUCCUUCAUUAGUCAAGGUGUUUUGAUAUGGUAUUAAAACAAUGUUCAAUAAAACAUUCACUGUUAUUUUA